GGUGUUGAGGCGGAGUGUUUCUGCCUGCCGUAAAAAAAAGUUUCCCUCCGCAAUCAGAAUCCUGAUUUCCGGUGUUGCGAAUUUCAAUUCUUCAGUGAAUGUUCUCUUGCUACUCCGCAGUCUCUCUUUUUAAGAUACCCCAAGCCCCAAUACUAUCCAGCUGCUCACACCAUGGCCGGCAUCGGUGAAGAAAAUCACAAGAAGCGAAAGCUCCCAGAGGGCCCGGAGAUCGAGAUCGAUGUUUCUGCACCCGAGCCUCCCUCCAAGAAGGCUUUGCGAAAACUCAAGAAAAAGGCUGCAGAACCCGCAUCGGAAUCCGCUACAGAGGAGAAGACACAGGCAUUGGCAAAGGCACAGGCCCCUGUAGACGGCGCUGCUAACCCUCAGAAGCGCUCCGACUAUGGCGUCUGGAUCGGAAACUUGCCGUUCUUCGCAACCAAAGAGGACGUGCGCAACUUCUUAACAAGCAACUGCACCUUUACAGAGACGACCAUCACCAGAAUCCACAUGCCCAAGUCCGGUGAUAAAUUUGGAAAACCCCAGAACAAAGGAUUCGCCUACGUCGACUUCUCUACGCAGAAAGCCGUACAGGAGGCGCUUAGCCUCAGUGAGCAACUUCUGACCGGACGACGCGUGCUGAUCAAGGACGCAAAGAAUUUCUCCGGAAGACCGGACAAGGCUCAGGGAGAGGGCAGUUCUGCGGCGUCUGGAAACCCUCCGUCAAAGCGUAUAUUUGUCGGUAACCUCGGCUUCGACGCUACGAAGGAGCUCAUCGAAGAGCAUUUUGCCCAAUGCGGAACUGUGGCAAACGUACAUGUGGCGACAUUCCAGGACUCUGGUAAAUGCAAGGGUUAUGCUUGGGUGGUAUUUGAGGAUCUCGCAGCCGCCGAAGCAGCGGUGAAGGGUUUCGUGAUGAUUAAGGAAGAUGAUGAAGAGGAGUCCGAGUCCGAGUCUGAACGCCAGAAGAAGUCCAAGAAGCCGCGCCAGAAGAGAGUUUGGGUAAACAACCUGCUCGGUAGGCGGCUGCGGAUGGAAUUUGCCGAAGAUGCCACGACGCGCUACAAGAAGCGAUUCGGUAAAGAUGGGGAAGGCAAGAAGAACGAGACCGCAGACAUCAGCGAGGUUGGGUCUGCAGAGCACGAGUUGGCGGGCGAGCAGGCUCGCCAGUCGCGGCCUGGCAGGGCUAGGAAGGAAAAGCCCGAUUAUACGAGAUACGAUCAAGAGACUGUGCAAAAGCUUAGUGGGGCCAUCGUCGAAUCGCAAGGAAAGAAGACCACCUUCGACUAGGAGUGAUCACCCAUAAGCUAAGAGCGUGCAGCCCGGGAGAACAGAGGAGACGACCGGACAUGGAGAACCGAACCCUCCUUACUGGGAGACAACACGGAGCUUUGCAAUGUCCGGCCGUGUAUUCUGACCGUUGGAGAUCGUUGUCAUAGUGAGCUGUGACUUGAGUUGUCCCAUCCUUGCAUGGAUACCAUGACCCGCCGGUUCAUGGAGAAGACGGCCGUAGGCGGCGCUAUAGAAGCAAUGAGGAUUUUGGUCCUCAGUA